AUUGCACCGUGGCAGUCGCGGCGGUGGCGGUGGCGGUGGCGGUGGCGGCUGCGGCGCGGACCAUGGUCCCCGGGUCGGAGGGCCCGGCCCGCGCCGGGGGCCUCGUGGCCGACGUGGUGUUUGUGAUCGAGGGCACGGCUAACUUAGGGCCCUACUUCGAGGGGCUCCGCAAGCACUACCUGCUCCCGGCCAUCGAGUAUUUUAAUGGUGGUCCUCCUGCUGAGACGGACUUCGGGGGAGACUACGGGGGGACCCAGUACAGCCUCGUCGUGUUCAACACGGUGGACUGCGCUCCCGAGUCCUACGUGCAAUGCCAUGCUCCCACCAGCAGCGCCUACGAGUUUGUCACCUGGCUCGAUGGCAUUAAGUUCAUGGGCGGCGGCGGCGAGAGCUGCAGCCUCAUCGCGGAGGGCCUCAGCACCGCCCUGCAGCUGUUCGACGACUUCAAGAAGAUGCGGGAGCAGAUUGGCCAGACACACCGUGUCUGUCUCCUUAUCUGCAACUCGCCCCCAUACUUGCUGCCCGCUGUCGAGAGCACCACGUACUCAGGGUACACGACUGAGAGUCUCGUGCAGAAGAUUGGCGAGCGGGGUAUCCACUUCUCCAUCGUGUCUCCCCGGAAGCUGCCGGCUCUGCGGCUUCUGUUCGAGAAGGCGGCGCCCCCGGCCCUGCUGGAGCCACUGCAGCCGCCGGCCGACGUGAGCCAGGACCCGCGGCACAUGGUGCUGGUGCGGGGGCUGGUGCUGCCCGUUGGGGGCGGCUCGGCUCCAGGCCCCCUGCAGCCGAAGCAGCCCGUCCCACUGCCUCCAGCUCCACCCGCGGGUGCCACCCUCUCAGCAGCCCCUCAGCAGCCUCUGCCCCCUGUCCCCCAGCAGUACCAGGUCCCCGGGAACCUGAGUGCGGCUCAGGUGGCCGCCCAGAAUGCAGUGGAGGCCGCCAAGAACCAGAAGGCUGGGCUGGGCCAGCGCUUCUCACCCAUCAACCCUCUCCAGCAGGCUGCUCCAGGAGUGGGUCCCCCCUUCGGCCAGGCCUCAGCCCCCACGCUGCCCCCAGGGCCCCCUGGUGCCCCCAAGCCGCCCCCCGCUUCCCAGCCCAGCCUGGUCUCCAGUGGGGCUCCUGGCGCAGGCCUGGCCCCUCCUGCGCAGCCCGGGGCGCCCUCCAUGGCAGGCACGGUGGCCCCAGGGGGCACGAGCGGCCCUGCCCCUGCCCAGCUGGGGGCCCCAGCCCUUGGGGGGCAGCAGUCAGUCUCCAACAAGCUCCUGGCCUGGAGCGGGGUCCUUGAGUGGCAGGAGAAACCAAAGCCUGCCUCCGUGGACGCCAACACCAAGCUGACCCGCUCACUGCCCUGCCAGGUCUACGUGAACCACGGAGAGAACCUGAAGACCGAGCAGUGGCCCCAGAAGCUGAUCAUGCAGCUCAUCCCCCAGCAGCUGCUGACCACGCUGGGCCCUUUGUUCCGGAACUCCAGGAUGGUCCAGUUCCACUUCACCAACAAGGACCUGGAGUCCCUGAAGGGCCUCUACCGCAUCAUGGGCAACGGCUUUGCGGGCUGCGUGCACUUCCCCCACACGGCCCCCUGCGAGGUGCGCGUGCUCAUGCUCCUCUACUCGUCCAAGAAGAAGAUCUUCAUGGGCCUCAUCCCCUAUGACCAGAGCGGAUUCGUCAAUGGCAUCCGCCAGGUCAUCACCAACCACAAGCAGGUCCAGCAGCAGAAGCUGGAGCAGCAGCGAGGGAUCGGGGGGCAGCAGGCGCCCCCAGGGCUGGGCCCCAUUCUGGAGGACCAGGCAAGGCCCUCGCAGAAUCUGCUCCAGCUCCGCCCGCCACAGCCCCAGCCUCAGGGCACCGUGGGGGCCUCCGGGACUGCAGGGCAGCCCCCGCCCCAAGGUGCUGCCCAGGCACCCCCAGGCGCCCCCCAAGGCCCUCCUGGAGCAGCCCCCGGCCCACCCCCUCCUGGACCCAUCCUUCGGCCCCAGAACCCUGGGGCCAACCCCCAGCUGCGGAGCCUCCUCCUCAACCCACCCCCGCCCCAGACUGGGGUGCCGCCGCCCCAGGCCUCCCUCCACCACCUGCAGCCCCCAGGGGCCUCUGCCCUGCUGCCGCCACCACACCAGGGCCUGGGGCAGCCCCAGCUGGGGCCCCCGCUCCUGCACCCGCCGCCUGCCCAGUCCUGGCCUGCACAGCUGCCCCCACGGGCUCCAAUGCCAGUGGCAAAACGAAAGCGAGAACGAGAGGGCCGCGUGUUCCGAGAGAAAUGGGAGCGAGCCUAUUUCUUUGUGGAAGUGAAGAGCAUGCCCACGUGCCUAAUAUGCAAAAAAAUUGUGUCUGUGUUGAAAGAAUACAACCUGAGGCGGCAUUACGAGUCAAAGCACAGUAAGAGCUUCGACCAGUACACGGAACAGACACGAGACGCCAUCCUCAACGAACUGAAGGAGGAGCUCAAGUGUCAGUAGGGCUUGCUUUGGAAAGCAACUAAUAGAAGCCACGCAGCUGUGACAAGCUGUCACAGAGUACCACGAGAAGAACCCCUCCCGGGCACUAAAACCUCCAAUGGCGGUGAGUUUCUAGAGGAGCAGAGCGGUGUACCCUCGGCAGAAACACGUCCAUCUGCUCGUCGAAGUCGUGCAGGCGUUCGCCUCGCUCAUUGAGGUGAAACCAGAGGAUUCACGAGUCCAGUUGCUCAAAAGAGUAGACUCCAUCGUGGCCUUUUCUGUCGCUGCUCAUGAAAUGUCACCACCCAGUUGGCUUUAUUUAUUUGCGGUGUUGAGAAUUUCGAUGGGACCGAAAAACUCUGUGAUCCCGUGCCGAGACAGGCCCAGCAUCAAGAAAUGACUCAUUUUCAUGUGUACGUUUCAAGAGAAAUGGUCAAAAUUCAUAAGCACAAUUUUGGACUGUUGUGAUAAUCCAACGACCCGUGUCACUCUGGGUCUUGCCAGGAUGCCGAGAUCCAAGGCGGCAACGUUGGGCAAGGACACGGGAGCCAGACGUUGGAUCGUUUACCGAGAACUGUUCUGAGAAAUUAAAUGGACCACAUGAGGGGCACCGUCGACACCUCCUGGCCUGUGCUUUAACCACAAGCAGCGCCACAGUGCACGCAACCCGGUAUGUUCCACAGAAGCUCCACGACCCGCUCGGUCGGGAUGGUGCGGAAGGAACCAGAACUGUCGAGAUUAAUCUACUGGGUUCAUUUCAAAUAAGGAGAGGCCUCCUCUCGGUUGCCCAGAGAAGGCCAUCCCAAGACUCUUGGUCAAGGUUACCACCCCUCUGAACACUGAAUAUUUCCCCACAAGGACACUGGCAAAGAGCUACUUGAAUGUAUGAUUGUAUCUGCUCAAUCCUAGCAAAAACCGGGACGCCAUUGGCCAGGGAGAUCUGGCCCUCUUUCCUUUGCUGAAAUUGGUUUCUGGGAAUGACAGUGAUGGCCUGCACCAUAUUCACCCAAAUUGUGUGAUUGAUGACCAGAUCCCCCAUCAGGCUGUGUGCAUUCUGACUUUAUGAAAAGGAACUGACACUGCCCAGCUUCCUUUUGUUGGUUCAUAUCAAGUGUGCAAACCCAGACCAGAAACAAUAGUCAUCACACUGCAGUGCAAUAGGUUGCCGGUUCCCUAAGGAGAUGAUAUCAGAAAGCCACAGUUCUGCAACCCUCUCAAGUACUCAUCCUGAGAACCUGUGUUUGGAAGAACCACACUUGUGAACAGCUGUUUUCUGUUAUGAAACUGAAUCACUCAAUGUUGCUUCAGGUUUUGAGGAUUCAAGGUUGAAUCGAAACUGCUUCAUGACACCACGACAUCCAACCUGACCCACACGUCUCGGUGCAGAAGGGAAGACGUCCAUCGGCCUCCUGGUCUCAAAUCAAAGGAGCAAAGAAAUACGGGAGAAAAAAUUUUAAUAAUUAAAUAUUUCUAUUUUUCAAUUUGUAUUUUUUCAGUUUUGAACCUGAGGUGUAAAGGCCAAUAUCACACAUGUUUAUACUGUUCCAUGCCUUCACCAUAGUUCAGUAAAGAUGCAAUUUGAUGGUC